AUGGUGAAUGACCUGCACUGGGAAAUGGGCUCUGAAUGUGUGGGUGAUCUUGGCCAGGACCAGAGACAGUAUCAGCUUAAAGGCACAUUUCAAGAUCUGAAGGUCUUUUUGGCAAGAGAACUUGUUCAUUCACAGUUUGAAUACAGCCCAGCCAAGACGAUUGCUGAUGAAGUAGUGGACGUGGGGACCAAACUAGAUUAUAUCAUCGAGCAAUACUUUGAGAAGAGAGAGACGUACAAACGUUUGAUAUAUAACAAGACAACUGCACGAAGUUCUUCUGAUCCCUGGCAGUUCCAUGGAAGGAGCCUCUAUUAUUUUUCCAAAGAAGAAAAAAGCUGGUAUGAAGCAGAGAACUUCUGCAUUGCCAGAGGGGCACACUUGGCCUCUAUCCUUGACAAUGAAGAACAGAAUUUCAUCACUUUACGACUUCAGCACACUUCCUGGAUCGGACUUGAAAAUAAGGAAGGCAAAUGGAAAUGGUCAGAUGGCUCCACACUGGUGAAAGAGUAUUGGUCUGAAUACAAGCCUAGCAACGCAAGGGUUGUUGGGAAAUCCAACCAAGACUGUGUGAUGAUAGUACCUUCAUUUAUGUACUAUAACUGGAAACAAAACGACUGCGAUAAGCUCUACAGAUGGGUUUGCAAGGGAACCCAAGAUUACUGAAGAACAAUAAAGAUGACUGAAUGAGUUACCUGACUAGUCAGGAUGA